AUGGGCGCACCUGGGCCAGACUCAUGGGUGUUCGCGGUCGCCGACAGCUCCAGGUACAGCACGCGCUCGCGGCUGCUGCUCACGGGGCUCGCCAUGGCGAUCGGCGUCCUCACCCUCCUCCUCUACCUCGCCGUCUCCUACGCCCGCCGCCGUCCGGGUGCGGAGGACCACGAGGCCGGCGGCAUCAGCGACGCCGCCGUCAUCGCAGUGGCCGACGCGCAGUCUGCGCCGAUGGACUGCGCGGUGUGCCUCGGGCAGGUGGAGGCCGGCGAGAAGCUGCGCCGGCUCCCCAGGUGCGGCCAUCUCUUCCACGCCGACUGCGUCCACGCCUGGCUGCAAGCGCACUCCACCUGCCCCAUGUGCCGCGCCGCCACAAAUUCCUCCAACAAGGACGGCACCACCACGGCGGCGGCGGCAACAGCAGCGCUGCCACCAGGCGUCACCGGAGGCUCGGUGCCGCCAGCUGCCUUGGAAAUAGUGAAUGGAACAACACGACUGCAGAAUAGCCACAGUGAUUGA